AAUCUUAUCACCCAGAUGUCCCGACGAGACAGUCGCGAUUCUGAUUCCAGACGACGACACCGCUCCAGGUUCGACAGGGAACCCAGUCCCAAGAGGUCUAGGAGGGAUGAGAGAGGCGAAAGAGAUAGAGUCGUUGAGAAGAGUAAGUUGGAGGAGGCAAAGAAGAUUGACCAGGAGGUCCGGGAUCAAAAGCAGCGGCCUAGGCUUCAAGAUGCAUUGCCACCGGAGCCCCCGUUAGGAUCCGAUGCCAAGGUAGAAAGUGGGGCUCCCAGGAAGGAUAUUGAUACGAAACCCAGUGGACAUCAAGAACUAAAGAAAAACUCUACUGAUGCAACUGAAGUAACCCGGUCUCGAUCCUAUCUUCAGCAGCAUGAUGAGCAUGUAGGUGCCGGGCAAGCUGCUCGAAGUUCUGGUCGCAAUUCAACUUCUGAACAUGGACGGCAGAAGGAUUCAAAGGAUCAGCAUGAUGAUAAGACAGUGAGCAAAACAACAACUAAUAAUUCACGGCUAAGAAAUGAGAAACCUAAUGGUGAUGGAAACAGGACCUGGCGUCAUGAUCGGUAUGCAGAAAGGGAGGCUGAUCCACUAGCUGCAAGGAAAAGACCUGCAUUCAGGGAGAAUAAAACUCCACUGGAGUCUGAAAAUACUGAAAAAUCAGCAGCAGAGACCACAAAGGCAAGCCAUCUUGAUCGUUUGACCGAAGGAAGUAGAAAAGAGGAAAGAGGUGACAACCGACGCCAUAUGGAUAGAUCUGAGAAGCAAUUUAGGGGAGAUGGGGUGCGGUACAAGGGAGAAGCACAAAGUGGCGUCUUUCCUUCAAGAGAAAGGUAUACCAAUGGUGUUGCUGGUCGCAACUAUAGAGGAAGAGAGAGAUUCGGUGAGAGACAAGGGUCUCAUUCUAGUGGCGGUCGUGGUGAGAAAUGGAAACAUGACUUAUAUCAUGAGGCUAACAGGAGUCCAACACCAAAAAAUGAGGAAGAUCAGAUCGCAAAGGUGGAAACACUUUUGGCUUCAUAGGAUUUGCAAAUGCGUGCAGAUGUAGAAACACUUUUGGCUUCAUUGAAACUGAGCAGUUUUCUGAUAGAACUUUAGCUGUCUCUUGGAUUUAUUACAAAUUCGAAGUACUUUUCACAUGCGGGUCUGCUAUUGUAUUAUAAGUUGAACCUUGUAGUACUUUUUCUAAUGGUUGGACUGCUGUUCAUAUGGAAUGGCUGGACUGUGAGUAUUUCAUCUCCACAAUCUUGAAUGAGGUCAAUAAAAGCUGGGCGUAGACAGAACACUUUGCACCCA